AUGGCUGCGCAUACGGACACUGAAGCCGCAGAAGUCGCCGCAUCCUCCUCCCCUCCCAUCACUCCAGACUUCCUCACCGAGAAACUCAAACAAUCCAUAAACAUAACUCACAUCAGUAUGGAGGAUAUGUCGGGGGGUUGCGGGCAAGCCUUUAACGCCAUCAUCGUUUCCCCAGACUUCGAGAAGAAAACACUACUGGCAAGGAGUCGGCUGGUCAACGGGGUGUUGAAGGAUGAGAUCAAGGCUAUCCAUGCCUGGACGCCUAGAUGCUUGACCCCGGAGCAGUGGGAGAAGGAGAGAGAGAGAAUAGGAUGA